UUUUGGCGGGAACGCGAGGAGUGAAGUUGUGUGAUUUGUUUUAUUUUUUCUAUUUAGUGUUUCUUCAGGUUUAAAUGUGUAAUAACGGUGGUUUAUUAACAGUUAAAUACAUUUGAAAGUGCACAAAUGUGGGAAAAUGAAACAAAGCCGCUGGACCUAACUUCUCGGGAUCCUUCAAAAAGUCCACUGAAAAAAUCUCAGUAAACGACCACUAUUUUACUGAGAUUAUAUUUCAUCCCAUAUCAUCUCAUCUCAUUUCAUUUAAUUUCAUCCCAGUUGAUUAAUGUCUCAAAUUAAUCAUCUUCAUUUCAUUUCACUUCAUAUUAUCAUCUUCCAUAAAAAUAUCCCAUAUUAUAUCAUCUUUCUUUUCUUUUUUUUGUAUUGCCCUUAUAGGCAGACGAGCAUACGGCUGAUACGGCCUACCUGAUGGUGAGUGGUUACCGUCGCCCAUGGACUUCAGCAAUGCCAGGGGCAAAGCCAAGCCGCUGCCUACCGAAAAUCUCAUCUUAUUUAAUUUCAUGCCAUGUUUCAUAUUAAUCAACUUCAUUUCAUUUCAUAACAUCAUAUUUCAUAAAAUAAAAUAAAAAAAUAUACAAAAAAUUUGGCUGUAUGGUAUGAUGCCUUUGCCUUUCCAUUUGGAAAAAUAAAAGUACUACUGACAGCUCUUCAACUUCUUAGUAAAGAUAGUUUUAUUGUUAUUGCAUAAAUUCCGAAAAGUACAUACAUACUGUAUGUUAUGAUUUAAUUAUUAUGUCUCAGAGUACAGGCGUAGAUUUGUUUAUGAAGCAAUUUAAAUAUUUUAAAUCUAAUAAACCACAACCAUCUCUCAAUAGUGUCAUAUCUGUGGAUAUUACAACUUCAGAGGUGAAACUUUUAGAAUGCAAUACAAAUUAUAAAUGUGAAGACAAUCUUACACAGUGCUUAGGUUUGAUAAACAAAAACAAAUGGAAAACUUACAGUUUUGUUCAGCACCCUGGUUUAAUGUUAAUAAGGAAUCCAUUCACUGGAUCUGGUCAAAGAUAUUGGAUCAAAAGAUGCUUGGAAAGAUAUCCAAAGAAACCGAAUAAAAUAAAUAUUGAUAUAGAAAUUGAUAAUUUAGAUGACUGGUGGAGAGAAUGUCACAAAAGUAUGGAAUGUGAUAAAAAAUUGUUAAAAAAACUUAGGUGGACAACAUUGGGUUAUCAUCACAAUUGGAACACAAAAGCAUAUAGUGAAGAGAACAAGACUCCUUUUCCAGAAGAUUUGUCAGAACUGUCAAGUGUCGUGGCUCAGUAUCUUGGAUUUGCGAAAUUCAGAGCUGAGGCGGCUAUUGUUAAUUACUACCACAAGAAUUCUACACUGUCCGCUCACACUGAUCACUCGGAGGUCAACUUAGAUGCACCAUUAUUUUCAUUUAGUUUUGGCCAAUCUGCUAUAUUUUUAAUAGGGGGCCGGGAGAAGUCCAUCGAACCAUCAGCGAUACUACUAAAAAGUGGAGACAUAGUUGUAAUGUCCAAAGAAGCAAGGUUGUGUUAUCAUGCUGUGCCUAAAAUAUUACCGGAAUACCAUCAACCAUGGAAUUCAGAUCUUUCGGAGCUUGAUUUUAAUAAAAUGCCAUCUUUUAUGUACAUUUCGAAUCCGAAAGAAACAAUUGAAGCAAUGAAUGAAAAUAUAGAAAACGACAAGUGGAGUGAAUUCGAAAAUUACAUCAAGGAAUCCAGAAUUAACAUUAAUGUUAGACAAGUAUUGAAUGAAAAACAGAUUAGUUUGGCCGACGAAUUUUUUUCUUAGAACAAAACAGUUUUUUAUUCCGUCGUCCAUUCUUAUUCUAAAAAUAUUAUUUUAAAGUCCCUAUGUGUUUUGCAAGGCCAUUCUUGCUUCCGAGGUUCCUUUGUUAUGACUGCAAAAUGAAAAAACAAAUUAUUUUUGACCAUUUCUACAGCGUUAUAAUAAAAAUAUCAUAUUUUUGCUAA